AUGGCAUUGCUGAUCAGGAAUUUUGCACCGACACGUUUGUCUUUAUCUGGAUUAUGUUACCGCCAAAACACAUGUUCAAGCUGCUUCCAGAAACUAAAGGUUCCUACAGUGAAAUCUUUACGUGCUUAUCAAUGCCUUAAAAAUGGCACAGCAAGCAAAACUAGAUCGAUAUUCUCCCAUGGUCUUUUUACCUCCUUGCGAAGCACAACCACAGCAGCAGCUGUCUCAGACAUAUCACACAAAUCUCAGAAAAUUGUGGGACUUUGGAUGAUGGGCUGUGCUGGCAUGUGCUUCGGAGCUGUGAUUUUAGGUGGAGUUACAAGACUAACCGAAUCUGGCCUUUCUAUGGUUGACUGGAAGUUGCUUAAAGACAUGACACUGCCUAGUUCUGAUGCAGAAUGGCAAGCAGAGUUUGAGAAAUACAAGCUGUUUCCUGAGUACAAAUACAUGGAAGAUAAACAAGAAAUGACCUUGUCUGACUUCAAGUUAAUCUUUUACAUGGAGUGGGCUCAUCGCAUGUGGGGACGUGCAACAGGUUUGGUUUUCCUGAUACCAGCCGUAUAUUUCUUACGCAAGGGCUGGAUAUCUCAGAAAAUGAAACCUCGACUUGCAUUGUUUGCUGGACUUUUAGGCUUACAGGGCUUUCUUGGAUGGUUUAUGGUCAAAAGUGGCCUAGAAGAUAAGCCGGAAUCCUCAGAUGUGCCUAGGGUCAGUCAGUACAGGUUGGCAACCCACUUGGGUGCAGCAUUGCUUCUCUAUACAUUAUUUUUAUGGCAAGGCUUCAACCACUUAUUGACCCCUAUUAAGAUGCCUGAUGCUCCAGUACUAAAGAAACUACGUGGAAUGUCACACGGGGUCAAGGCAUUUGUAUUUUUAACAGCCUUAUCAGGAGCCUUUGUGGCAGGGCUUGAUGCUGGCUUGACUUAUAAUUCCUAUCCUAAAAUGGCUGAUAAAUGGAUUCCGGAUGAUAUGUGGACUAUUUCACCAAAGUGGAAAAACAUUUUUGAAAACCCAACAUUUGUUCAGUUUAAUCAUCGGCAUCUUGCUGAAUCAACCGUGGUGCUGAUUGCUGGCUUCUGGUGGAUGGCCAGGAAGGCCCCUCUACACCCUAGGGCAAGGCUUGCUGUUAAUUUACUUUUAGGAAUGGCUUUUGGUCAGGCUGCUCUGGGUGUUACCACGCUUCUAAUGUAUGUCCCAACUUCAAUCGCAGCCACACACCAAUCAGGAUCUUUGGUUCUUCUGAGUCUGGCUGUUUGGAUGACACAUGAGUUGCGCAGGCUGCCAAAAUAA